UUUCAUUUGUCAAUGUCAAAAUAAAAAUGGUUUCUUGGAGUGCUUUGGGCCGAUCUUUUGGCAUUAAUUUGCUGAAAAGCAAUAAAAACUCUACAUCUUUAGUCCAAAAUGUGAAAUUUUCAACAAGCAAAGCCCUUGGUGGAGACCAUGGACAUAAAUCCUUUGUUAUUCAGCCAUCAAGAUGGCAAUACCACAAGUUCAAGGAUAUGUUCCACUACUAUGUGAUGGUUGGAUUGAUCCCAAUCAGCGCUAUUAUAUUCUACACCAAUGUGUUCAUUGGCCCGGCCCAGCUCACCCCAAUUCCUGAGGGCUAUGUUCCCAAGCAUUGGGAGUACUACCGCAACCCUAUAACGCGCUUCAUUGCUCGCUAUAUCCACCCUAGCCCUCAACAGGAGUACGAGAAAUUCAUGCACUACAUCGACGAGGAAGCCCAGAGGGCCAAACUCAGGGCUUUAGAAAAGGAGAUAUUGGCUAAAAUGGGUGAGCGUCAAGACUACCAAGCAUACUAUUACCGACCGAUGGUCAACAAGUACAUGCGUAUCGAGAAGAAGACCGGUGAAGAAAUUGUGGAACGCAUCGGUGACGACUAUUAAUCAAGCCCAACACCAAGUAUGUUAUAAAUAGUAAUCAAGUGAACUGUUAAAUAUUAUUUAAUGUAGAUAAAUAAACCUUACCUUUGGUCAAAA